CAGCGCAGCCCAGCCCAGCGCAGCCCCGCCGCGCGCCGGCCCCGAGCGCCGCAGCCCCGGCGCCGCCAUGGUGGAGGCGGCGCCCCCCGGGCCCGGGCCGUUGCGGAGGACCUUCCUGGUGCCCGAGAUCAAGUCGCUGGACCAGUACGACUUCUCGAGGGCCAAGGCGGCGGCGAGCCUGGCGUGGGUGCUGCGGGCCGCAUUCGGCGGCGCAGAGCACGUGCCCCCGGAGCUGUGGGAGCCCUUCUACACCGACCAGUACGCGCAGGAGCACGUGAAGCCCCCCGUGACGCGGCUGCUGCUCUCGGCCGAGCUCUACUGCCGGGCCUGGCGCCAGAUUCUGCCGCAGCUCGAGGCGCCCCCCAGCCCUUCGGCGCUGCUGGCCCUGCUGGCGCGGAAGGGGACGGUGCCCUCGCUGCCCGAGCGUCCGGUGCGCGAGGUGGACCUGAGGCACCAGCCCAUCCUCAUGGGAGCCCACCUAGCUGUCAUUGAUGCCCUCAUGGUUGCCUUUGCCUUUGAGUGGACAAAGAUACCGCCUGGUCCUUUGGCUCUGGCCAGCUUGGAGCACAAGCUCCUCUUCUGGGUGGACACGACUGUCCGGCGGCUGCAGGAAAAGACGGAGCAGGACGCGGCCCAGCGAGCAGCUCCCCCAGCGCCCCCUGACGGGGCAGCCCCAGCGCAGCCCUCGUGCCCCACACGCUGGUACUGGAAGCUGGUUCCUCACGCAAUUGCCUUCUGUUUGAAGGAGUCGGGGAGCAAACCCCCCAUGAUCCGGUACCGCAAGGACCGUGCUGUGGCUCGACGUGCCCCCUGCUUUCCCACUGUGACUGGCCUCCAGGACCUGGCAAGUGGGGCUGCACUGGCCGCCACCAUCCACUGCUUUUGUCCCCAGCUGCUGCGGCUCGAGGAGGUGUGUCUCAAGGACCCCAUGUCCGUGGCGGACAGCUUAUACAACCUCCAGCUGGUGCAGGAUUUCUGCGCCUCCCACCUUCCCCGUGGCUGCCCGCUGUCCCUGGAGGACUUGCUUUAUGUCCCGCCACCACUCAAGAUGAACCUGCUGGUGCUGCUGGCCGAGAUGUUCGUGUGCUUUGAGGUGCUGAAACCUGACUUCGUGCAGCCCAAGGACCUGCCCGAUGGUCACGCUGCCUCCCCCCGGGGCACCGAGGAGUCCCCGCCUCAGAACAGGAGUGGUAGCAGUUCUCCCGUCUUCAAUUUCCGCCACCCACUUCUGUCACCUGGAGGCCCCCAAUCCCCACUCCGUGGCUCCACAGGCUCCCUGAAGUCCUCACCAUCAGUGUCCCACCUGGAGGCUCUCAGCAAGGCCUGGAACCGUCAGCUCAGCCGUCCCCUCUCCCAGGCUGUGUCGUUCAGCACCCCCUUUGGCCUGGACAGCGACGUGGAUGUCGUCAUGGGAGACCCUGUCCUGCUCCGCUCUGUCAGCUCGGACAGCCUGGGCCCCCCACGCCCUGUGCCAGCCAGGCCGUCUGCCCCGCCACCCCCGGAGCCUGGUGACCUGCCCACCAUCGAAGAGGCCCUGCAGAUCAUCCACAGUGCCGAGCCCCGGCUGCUCCCUGACGGGGCCGCCGACGGCAGCUUCUACCUCCACUCCCCCGAGGGGCCCUUGAAACCCCCGCUGGCCUCCCCCUACCUGCCCGAGGGGGCCUCGAAGCCACUGCCCGAUGGGCCCACCAAAGCGCCUGCCUCCUCUGCCCCCCCAGAGGGCCCCUCGAAACCAUCUCCCCACCUGGCUGGGGAGGUAGCGAAACCCCUGGCCCCAUCUGAGGGGUCCCCAAAGGCAGCAGCUUCGUCCCCAGUGGCCACCAACUCAGAAGUGAGGAUGACCAGCUUUGCUGAGCGCAAGAAGCAGCUGGUGAAGGCUGAGGCGGAGGCUGGAGGGGUGUCUCCCGUGGCUACCCCAGCAGCCCCUGAGGCCCUAAGCUCAGAGAUGAGUGAGCUGAGCGCCCGGCUGGAGGAGAAGCGCCGGGCCAUAGAAGCUCAGAAGCGCCGGAUUGAGGCCAUCUUUGCCAAGCACCGCCAGCGGCUGGGCAAGAGUGCGUUCCUACAGGUGCAGCCACGGGAGGCCGGAGGGGAGACUGAGGCAGAGACUGAGCCGAGCCCGGUCCCUAGUGGGGAGCGGCCGGCAGGUGAGGGCCAGGGCGAGCCGUCUCCCCGGCCCAAGGCAGUGACCUUCUCACCGGAGCUAGGGCCUGUGCCCCCUGAGGGCCUGGGGGACUACAACCGGGCGGUCAGCAAGCUGAGCGCUGCCCUGAGCUCGCUGCAGCGGGACAUGCAGAGGCUCACGGACCAGCAGCAGCGGCUCCUGGCCCCACCUGAGGCCCCCGGGUCUGCCCCACCCCCUGCUGCAUGGGUCAUCCCUGGCCCAACUGCGGGCCCCAAAGCCUCCUCGCCCAGCCCUGCCCGUCGUGCCCCGGCUGCCCGACGCAGCCCCGGGCCCGGCCCCAGCCCCACACCCCGCAGCCCAAAGCACGCCCGGCCAGCAGAGCUGCGGCUGGCUCCCCUGACCAGGGUGCUCACGCCACCCCACGAUGUGGACAGCCUCCCCCACCUGCGCAAGUUCUCACCGAGCCAGGUGCCCGUGCAGACACGCUCCUCUCUCCUCCUGGCCGGGAGGCCAUCACCCGAGGAGCCCGCAGCCCGGCCUGGCCUCGUGGAGAUCCCACUGGGCAGCCUGGAAGAACCUGCGGCUGAGGAUGAGGGAGAUGGGAGCCCCCCUGGGGCUGAGGAUUCCCUGGAGGAAGAGGCAUCUUCGGAGGGAGAGCAUCGGGCUGGGCUCGGGUUCUUCUAUAAGGACGAAGACAAACCCGAGGAUGAGAUGGCCCAAAAGCGGGCCAGCCUGCUGGAGCGGCAGCAGCGGCGGGCGGAGGAGGCGCGGCGGCGGAAACAGUGGCAGGAGGCAGAAAAGGAGCAGCGGAGGGAGGAGGCUGCACGGCUGGCCCAGGAGGAGGCGGCCCCCGUGGCCCCUACAGCUCCUGCAACCCCUUCCCGGGCUCCAGCUGAGGAGGAGGUGGGUCCCCGGCGGGGGGACUUCACACGACUCGAAUAUGAACGCCGGGCCCAGCUGAAGCUGAUGGAUGACCUCGAUAAGGUGCUGCGGCCCCGGGCAGCAGGGGCCGGGGGGCCGGGUCGGGGCGGGCGGAGGGCCCCCCGGCCACGCUCUGGCUGCUGUGAUGACUCGGCCCUGGCUCGGAGCCCAGCCCGCGGCCUGCUGGGCUCCCGGCUCAGCAAGGUCUACUCCCAAUCCACUCUGUCACUGUCCACCGUGGCCAACGAGGCCCCCAAUAACCUUGGGGUAAAGAGGCCUACGUCUCGGGCUCCCUCCCCGUCUGGCCUCAUGUCCCCCAGCCGUCUGCCUGGCAGCCGUGAGCGCGACUGGGAGAACGGCAGCAACGCCUCAUCUCCAGCAUCUGUGCCUGAGUACACAGGUCCGCGUCUGUAUAAGGAACCCAGCGCCAAGUCCAACAAGUUCAUCAUCCACAAUGCCUUGUCACACUGCUGCCUGGCGGGCAAGGUGAACGAGCCACAAAAGAACCGCAUCCUGGAGGAGAUCGAGAAGAGCAAGGCCAACCACUUCCUCAUCCUCUUCCGCGAUUCGAGCUGCCAGUUCCGGGCUCUGUACACGCUGUCGGGGGAGACGGAGGAGCUGUCACGGCUGGCGGGCUACGGCCCCCGCACUGUCACGCCUGCCAUGGUUGAGGGCAUCUACAAGUACAACUCGGACCGCAAGCGCUUCACCCAGAUCCCCGCCAAGACCAUGUCCAUGAGCGUGGACGCCUUCACCAUCCAGGGACACCUCUGGCAGAGCAAGAAACCUACCACCCCCAAGAAGGGUGGCAGCACCCCCAAAUAGCCCCGCCCCAGGCGGUCCGCAGGCUGGCCCCCGCACGCCCCAGCCGCUGCUCUCGCGGGAGACCAUCGGAACCCCUGGGUCCUGUCUGCAUUUCCAGCCUUGUCUGGGUGGGGCUGGGGUCGCCAUCCCCGGAAGUCAUGUCCUGUCCUGCUGUGGGGGGUGCUGAGCUGGGAGGUUCAGGGACUCAGUGCUCAGUUCAGUUCCCUCCGCUGUCUGUCUCCCCACCUCCUUGAAUAAAAUAAUUUAAAGAGA